AAUACGGUUCAUUUUGGCUUGUCAAUCAAAGCUACCCGGCCGAAUUAGGACGUCACAAUAGUCCGCUGCCCUCGCAUUACGACAGUUUGUUUUGUAAUCUGCCGUAUUGCACAUAGAAAAUUCUGACAGCUCGGAACCGUCACAAAAAAUAAUGUCGUUUUUAUUACAUUUUUUGAUAAAUUAUUAUUCAAAUUUCAUAUCGGCGCCGAUAGAACGUCCCUAUCGAUUUUCCUAUUUGGCGCGCGACUGUAUUUUGUACAUUUUCGAAAGGUCCGCGGCGGGGAGUCUAGUCGCUUUCGAAAAAGAUAAUAAAAAUUUUCUCAGCGACCGAACGGACGUCGCAAGCGGUGCUGUAAAUUGGUAAUAAUUCCGUUGAUUACACAGUAGUAAUACAUUGCCCGAAUAUGGGUUAGCGGCAAGGAAUUCCGAGAUCUUGCGACCAUUGACUUCUGUGAUACUUCAUAGUUUGUUUGUGUGUGUUUUCUAUUUUGUUUGUUUGAUAGUUGUGUACAGUGCAUUCCAAUCGUGAAAGUUACUAUAGAAUUGUGUUUUUGUGGUGUUUCGGAUUGUUUUGGAUGCCAGGAGUGGCCUGGGAGGAUGACCUAACGGACUCAUCAUCAGCGUCAGCUGAUCGCCGAACGUAAAAAAAGAAACAAACCACCGAAGUACGACAUUCCAAAGCAAAUGUACCUAAAAUAAAAGACAUAAGAGGCUUGAAGAACGAGCGCGAACGCAGGAGAGCACACGCGAACGCGGGCGAAGCGAACAGAGCGAGAUUAGACUGACGCGAGCGCGAACACAAAAGCACACAAAUGAAGAUGCUGCCCCAACAGUAUUGUUUAAGGUGGAAACACCAUCAUUCUAAUGUACAGAAUAUGUUCGCACAGCUGCUAGAAAAAGAGCGGUUCUGCGACGUGACACUGUACUGUUCACCGAGCUUCGCGACGCAGGUCCCCAAUAAAGACACGGUGGACCCCCACCACAUACGAGGGGUGUCUCUCAGGGCACACAGGGUGGUGUUAGCAGCAUGCUCGGAGCUCCUGGGCGCUUUGCUGGGCGCGCACGAGGCGCAGGGCGAGCCUGUGCUGGUCAUAGACGGCGCCGAGCCACGACAUCUGAGGGCGCUGCUGGAUUAUAUGUAUACUGGAGAGAUGAACGUCCACCAUUCACAGUUGGCAAGCCUUCUCAAGACGGCCGAGGAGCUGCGCAUCAAAGGCCUGACAGAUAUACGGUGGAACAAUAAAGAUGAGCCGCCUGACUGCGAGACCGGAGUAGUAACAGCCGUCCCAACACCAUUGAAACCGGAAGCGAAGCAGCCCGCGGCAGAGAAGCAGCCGUCGCCCAAACCGAAGUCGCCGAAGCAUUCCCCAGUGAAGUCGCCGAAGCAGAUGGAAGCAGAAGUCAAGAAAGAGACUGAAGAUGAGGUGGAUAUCAAGCCAGAGAAAUACACUGUUAAUGGUGGCCCACCUCCUCUCAUAAAACUACCCACAAAAGAGAAACCCAGUCCGCCGAAAAGAGAGCAUUCAGAUUCAGAAACGCCCAGUCCGAAGAGACAACGGCUCGCAAGCGGGACAGAACACACAGACGACGAAUCCGCUUCGCACUCGUUACCUGACACGGGGAGAGAACGAGACCCUGAAUGGCAACACGGGAACCUGGAUAUAACAGCGGAACGCGUGGUCGGUUGGGGCGGCGGCCCGGAAUCAGCAGGCGAUUGGUCGCGAGAGCCGUCGGACGACGAGUGGGCCGAUGCACCCACGGAUAUCGGGUCAUUCCUGCAUACCAGGCUGAGGGUCGAUGGAGACAAUAGCGCUGACGACGAAUCAAACGACAGCGCCGGCGGCGCGCGGUCGGUCUCGUCGGUCGCGGCGUCGUCGUCGUCGGUCGCCGACCGGACCGACGUCAAGGUGGAGCCGUUCGCGAUCACGCCACAGACUAAUAAACCGACGGUAGGCCCCAAAUCUGGCCCCACGGACCCCCGUUUCACAGACGUGGUGAAGCUGACGGACUACUUACAACACGGACGGAGGCCGCAGUUCUGGGAGGAGCACUAUGUUAAGAGGGUAAUGGAAGCAGUACGUAUGAAGGAAUUAGAGAUGAAGCAAGCGGCAGAGAUUCUCGGUGUGAGCUACGGGACGCUGUACGGGCGGUACAGAGACGUGUACGGGUGCAUCAACAGGCCGUACCGAACGGCCCGCGACUUCUGGCAGGCCAAAGGCCCGUCCGAAGUGCUGGAGCGACUGCAGCGCGGCGAGAUCUCGGUGGAGGCGGCGUCUCUAGCGCUCGGCGUCAGCGUCAACAACCUGGCCGCGUACAUGGCCGACUUCCCGCAGCCGCAUCAGGAGAAAGGCCCGUCCGAAGUGCUGGAGCGACUGCAGCGCGGCGAGAUCUCGGUGGAGGCGGCGUCUCUAGCGCUCGGCGUCAGCGUCAACAACCUGGCCGCGUACAUGGCCGACUUCCCGCAGACGCACCAGGAGAAAGAACCGUCCGAAGUGCUGGAGCGACUGCAGCGCGGCGAGAUCUCGGUGGAGGCGGCGUCUCUAGCGCUCGGCGUCAGCGUCAACAACCUGGCCGCGUACAUGGCCGACUUCCCGCAGACGCACCAGGAGAAAGGCCCGUCCGAAGUGCUGGAGCGACUGCAGCGCGGCGAGAUCUCGGUGGAGGCGGCGUCUCUAGCGCUCGGCGUCAGCGUCAACAACCUGGCCGCGUACAUGGCCGACUUCCCGCAGACGCAUCAGGAGAAAGGUCAGCCUUAUGAUAAGUUCCAGAUGAAAAAGCUUUCCAGAUUCAUCCAGGUGCUUCUGUAUAUGGCGGACUUUCCGCAACCACACCAGGAGAAAGGCCCGUCCGAAGUGCUGGAGCGACUGCAGCGCGGCGAGAUCUCGGUGGAGGCGGCGUCUCUAGCGCUCGGCGUCAGCGUCAACAACCUGGCCGCGUACAUGGCCGACUUCCCGCAGACGCACCAGGAGAAAGGUGCUCCAUUCAGCCAAAUGACGUCACAACUGGACAUAGACCUCCCCCAAGUUCUAGUUCUAGCGCUCGGCGUGAGCGUCAACAACCUGGCCGCGUACAUGGCCGACUUCCCGCAGACGCACCAGGAGGAAGGCCCGUCCGAAGUGCUGGAGCGACUGCAGCGCGGCGAGAUCUCGGUGGAGGCGGCGUCUCUAGCGCUCGGCGUCAGCGUCAACAACCUGGCCGCGUACAUGGCCGACUUCCCGCAGCCGCAUCAGGAGAAAGGCCCGUCCGAAGUGCUGGAGCGACUGCAGCGCGGCGAGAUCUCGGUGGAGGCGGCGUCUCUAGCGCUCGGCGUCAGCGUCAACAACCUGGCCGCGUACAUGGCCGACUUCCCGCAGCCGCAUCAGGAGAAAGGGCAAAAGGAGAAAGAUCAGCAUAAUCCAUCAGGCCCGUCGGAAGUGCUGGAGCGACUGCAGCGCGGCGAGAUCUCGGUGGAGGCGGCGUCUCUAGCGCUCGGCGUCAGCGUCAACAACCUGGCCGCGUACAUGGCCGACUUCCCGCAGACGCAUCAGGAGAAAGAGUUCGAGCCGAUCCCCAUAGAGAUAGAUCCGUCUCUAAAGAUGCGGCCUCGCACGUACAGCGCCGGCUCCGUCGCCGCCAAGCCGCCGCCAAGGAAGCUAGCGCCUGUGCCCGAAAAGCCAUUCCCCGCGAAGCCCGGCUCUCUCGACGGCGCGUUGGCCGCGGGAGAUCCCUUCCGCAAGCUGGCGCCUGCGUCGCUGACCGUCGCGCCUGCCGCCUCGGAUAAGCAGUCCAAAAAGAUAUUGAUCGGCAGCCUCAUCGACGAGGAUCCCAUCCCAGCCACCGUGAUCACCACCUCCGAUUCCAAGGUGGUUACAAACGUGACCACCCCCACCACUGCUGGCAGUGGUAAAUGGCCGACAAUCCGCGUGGCUUCUCUAGAGUCCUUAGGAGGGGCGGCCUCGCCCUCUGCUCUAAUGAGGACCCGACCCGACCUCACCAUAGUGGCGGCCAAGCGACCCGACCAAGACAACUCUGAGUCCAACUAGUGAAGUGCAUCAGUGACGCGACUAGUGCGGUGAUGUGCAACUAGUGCGGUGACUAAAAAUCACAGUGACAUUACAACUAGUGCGGUGACUAGUGACAGUAAAUCAACUAGUGUGGUGACCAGAAGAUUCGGUGACACAGUGAAUAUACAACUAGUGGAACUCAGUGACACAGUGAAUUUACUAGUGCGGUGACCAAAAAUUCAGUGACAUUGAUACUACUGCAGAUAUAUAACCUAACAGAAGGGUAGUUGACAUUGUUAUGUAUUAUUAAAAAACGCAAUUUAUUUAAAACACUUCAUUUUGAAAACGUUUAUUUUUCGUUGUUGAAAUCAAAAAAAUAGUCAAUUGAAUUCCUAACUAGUGGCAUCUUAAGGUGAGUAUAGACUAAAGCGUAUCUAUGUAAUGUAACGUUCUUACGAAUGGUACAAUACAGGUAUAAUGUACAUUUGGUUCGUGAAAUGGUGAUACUAACACUAGAACAUUUCAUAGAGCGGUUCGUUGUUCUGUUACAAGUGAAUGCUUUAAGCUUUAACUACACCAAUGCGUGCAGUACGCCAUCGCCGGCGCGAUCAAAGGCCAAUGACAGGGCCCCGAUUACGCUAAAAAUUUUCAUCGUCGUUUCAUGUCGUUUUGACAGCUAGUUGAAACGAAGCAUAGACGUAAACGUAAAGCUAAAUAUCUCAUGUGACAAGGAAAAUACUAGGAAGGUACGUCUGUUACCGUGAUACCGAAUUCGCAUCUCAGCUGGAAUGAAAAACGGAGCGCAACUGUAGAAGAAGUGCGUAUGUAUUGGAGACGUUAAAAAUUAGCGUAAUCGGGGCACAGGUCGCGUGAACUGUUAUAGGUCGCGAUGGCGAUCUGCACGCGUUGGUGUGGUUAAAGCAUUAGUCUAGACUUUCCUAUAGGUUCCUUUCUCAUAAAAAGAGUUUUGAUGUCAGGUUAUGUCAACUACUCUAUUCAAUACAGAAACAGUAUAUUAAUAACAAUAAC